CUGGUAUCGAAGUUGAUGUGUGGACUAAUCCACCAACACCCACUCUCAGCCAGCUGCCAAUCAGCGUUUUAUUCAUCCUUCACGGGAGAUCCAACACUCGUCGGGGUGUAGAACAUAUUGUAAAGCGUAUUCUAGAGGUUCAGUCUUCAUCACCCUUGGAUCGCCACUGGAAGCGAGAGCUCUAUGUGGACCAUCGAAAUCAUGGCUCCCGGCUGGUAGAUGUCAAAGCGAAUGAAGGUUGGAGUGUAAAGGACCCUACCAAACACAAUAUUCGUCAUGCGUUUGUCAUUCUCCUCGUAUCUCUUCUAGAAACAAUAACACUCUCAUAUAGUCUUGACAUGUAUGCGAUGCAGGGUUCGUCAAGAAUUCCUUCAUCUACUUUACCACCUCUUACAAACCUAUGCGCAGUUGGAACGGCUCAAGAUGUCAGUACCUUGAUAGACUUUCUUCCGAGCUAUCUCUUCCCUGCACAAGAAAAGGAGAUCGAACAAUGGGCACUUGCAGGAUUUAGUCUAGGCGGACAUUCGACGUGGAUAGCACUCAAGAACG